AUGGCCCAACAGUUAUCGCCCAUAUGUCAUGGUUUCAACACUCAACAACAACAACAACAAUCCAAACAACAACAACAACAACACAAACAACAACAACACAAACACCAUCAUAACAACAACAACAACAUACCACUUGCAUCGUAUUCUCCAAAUCAUUUAGAUUUCAGCAAUGCUACCAACAACAGCAACAACGCAAUUACUGUUAGCAGCAACAUCAACAACAGCAUCAACAACAACAUCAACAACAGCAUCAACAACAACAUCAACGAGAACGAUAUGGGCUCUCAUCAACCACACCAACAAUCACAUCACGCACAACAUCCAACUCGUCACCAAAUCCUUCAACAAUCAUUACUAUCAUCACCUCAACAAUCAUUACUACUACCACCUACGCAACAGCAACAGCCACAAAAACACAUCUCAGCAACUGCAUUCUCUCCACCGUACCUCAACUUCUCCCAGCAACAAAUUGCUCGUGUCUGCGAGACCCUCGAAGAAAGUGGAGACGUUGAAAGACUGGCUCGGUUUCUAUGGUCUCUUCCAACAACCAACCCUAUCAACAACAUCAACAACAUCAACAACAACAUCAACAACAACAACAUCAACAACAUCAACAACGAACACGAAUCAGUGACAAGAGCUCGGUGUCUUGUUGCCUACCAUGCUGGGGAUUUCAAAGAAUUGUACAGACUCUUAGAGACGCACAAAUUCACGAAGGCCUCACAUUCGAAACUGCAAGCCAUUUGGCUCGAGGCCCACUAUCAGGAAGCCGAACGUUUGCGCGGUCGUCCCUUAGGUCCUGUUGACAAAUACAGGGUUCGGAAAAAAUUUCCACUCCCCAUGACGAUCUGGGACGGGGAACACAAGACCCACUGCUUCAAGGAACGAACGAGGUACCUGCUGAGAGAGAGGUACCUGCAGGACCCUUACCCGAACCCGGCCAAGAAGAGGGAGAUGGCACAUGCCACGGGUCUUACACCCACCCAGGUUGGAAACUGGUUUAAAAACAGGAGACAACGUGAUAGAGCGGCUGCAGCUAAAAAUAGCUAUAUGUCUUCGUUUUUGCAUGCAUAUUUGUAUGCAUGUGUUGAUGUUGAGGCCAUAUUUGACGAUGUAGAAGGUCUCCUCCCAUGGUUUGCACGAAUCUCUGCAACCGACCGACGAAACCUGACAAGCGAGAGGGAGCUUGAGCAGCGAUUGCUCCAUCUUUCCUGGCGAGGCAAAAUAGCUGCUAACAUCAAAGAUGAACUCUACAAAGCUCGAGACAAAAGCCUCAACACUUACAAUGCACCUCUAGCCUUAAAUUUCCUAAAAAGUUGA